AUGACUAAAUAUGCCGAAGGUUAUCCUGGUAAACGCUAUUAUCGGGGCUGUCAAUAUAUUGAUAAGAUAGAGGAAUUGGCAAUAAGCAGAGUUAAAAAAAUAUUCGGGGCGGAGUAUGCUAAUGUUCAACCACAUUCUGGAGCGCAGGCCAAUCAAGCCGUUUAUUUAGCCCUUUUAAAACCAGGAGAAAAAAUAUUAAGUUUAAAUCUUUUCUCAGGCGGACAUUUAACUCAUGGAGCCAAAGUUAAUUUUUCGGGAUUUUUCUACCAAGUUCAUUAUUAUAAUCUAGACCCAGAAACGCAAAAAUUAGACUACGAGCAAAUAAGAAAACUAGCCCUUGAAGUGCGGCCGAAAUUAAUUAUUGCCGGUUAUAGUAGUUAUAGUUUGCAAGUAAAUUUUGCCGAAUUUCGGAAAAUUGCGGACGAAGCAGGUGCCUACCUGCUGGCCGAUAUCUCACAUGUAGCCGGCUUAGUAGUUGCUAAAUUAUUUUCUAAUCCAGUUCCUUAUGCUGAUGUAGUUACUUUCACUACUCAUAAAACAUUGCGAGGACCGCGCGGAGCAGUGAUUUUAGCCAAAAAAGAAUUCGGGAGUUUAAUUAACCGAGCCGUUUUUCCAGGAAAUCAGGGCGGACCGGCCCAAAAUAUUAUUGCUGCUAAAGCCCAGUGUUUUUAUGAGGCUGCACAGCCCGAGUUUAAAAAAUAUCAAAAAAAGGUAUUGGAAAACACUAAAAUUAUGGCCGAUUAUUUCCUAAAGAAAGAAGCAAAAGUAAUUAGUGGAGGAACUGAAACUCACUUAUUAAUUAUUGAUACUAAGACUAGUUACAAUUUAACCGGUAAAGAAGCAGCAGGAAAAUUAGAAAAAGUGGGGAUUAUUUGUAAUGAGCAAAUGAUACCUUAUGAUACUGAAAAACCUUCGGUUGGUAGUGGUAUUAGACUUGGUUCACCAGCUCUAACUACCCGUGGAUUGGGAACUAAGGAAUUUCAAAAAAUUGCCUCGAUUAUUGACUUAUUAUUAAGAAAUUACCAAAACCAAAAAAUAGUAAAAAGUGUUAUAAACAGAGUUUAUUAUUUAAAUAAAAAUAAAAAUUUCAAAUAUAUUAUCAUUAAAGACCAUGCUAAUUUUGCUCCAAAAGGUCAAGAUAUAGUGUGUGCAGCUAUUUCUGCUAUUACUAAUGGCGGGAAAUUAGGCGAGAAACUUCCACCCCGUUUUAGAAAACUAUUAAGUGAAAAAAAUAAAAAACCUUUUGAAAUAGUUCUAGAAGUAGAUAGUAAGUGUGGAAUAAAAAAAUCUUCUUUAUCUGUUGUCGCCCGAAACAAGGUGAUUAAUAAAAGUGGCAGCAAUUAUUUAAGUGAGAACAAGGGUGGUUAUGGACCUUGUAACGGGGCUUAUAGCAGUUGUAGCAAUAAUCUUACAUUCAAAAUUGAAAUAAUUCUUAAAAAUUCUCGCGGUGGAUGA